UAGAGAAUCCACACUUCAAUCAAUGCAAACGCAGUGAUCGCGCUGGUGGUCUAAUCCUCAAUCUCUUCCAUGGGUUUGAGUGAUCGUGGUAGGAAUGGCAGCAAUCUUCAUCUUUUUCCUCUUUUAGUUCUAGUCGCAAUUGGAGCUGCCGGCACUGCUCGAGCUUCCCAGUGCUACCACGUGAAUCAGACCACGUCUUACAACAACGAUGGCGGCUACUGGCAAUAUCCCCUCGACACCGACGGAUUGAGCGGGCGCUACACGGGCUACUGGUCCAACACCACUGACAUCGAAUUGGGCGACAUCACAUUCCAGCUCUGGUUCCUCACUUACGACGAUCACAGCUUCACGCUCUCUCUCGUCGCCAUGCGCGAGCCCACCCGGAAGUGGGAUCUCUACAGGCCCGUAGUGCUGUGGACCGCCAACCGGGACAGGUACUUUGGAGAGGGCGCGACGCUCGACUUUGGCGCCGAUGGAGAGCUCAUCGUCCGGGAGAAUGGGCUUACAGUGUGGUCGACCGGCACGGCCGGGAAGGGCGUCACGGCGAUGUGCAUCACCAAUCUGGGCAACCUCUUGCUGACAAACUCCACCGAUCAUAUCAUCUGGCAGAGCUUCGAUUCUCCAUCGGAUACAAUCUCCACGCAGGUGGCGUUCAAGCCCGGGAAUCGCCUCGUCAGCUGGGCUUCCCCCAAGGAUAGCAGCCAAGGAUCGUACAGCCUCGCCAUGGAGGAAAAUCGCCUCGCCCUCUACUUCAACUCGGAGGUCUACUGGAGUUUCGAGAGUGAUGGUGGGGAUCCAGGAAGCAGUGACUUGUUUGCAGCAGUGUGCUGGCAGACGAAUGGUCUCAUGUCGCUCGAUCUCCAGCGCAAUGCGUCCAUGCCGGAGUACCAAGGGUUUCUGUCGGCGGAGUCGUGCCAGAGCUCGGCACCCGUGAAGAGAUUCGAGCUGCUUCGUAAUACCCAAAACUUCACGUAUGGAACCUUCCUCAAGCUCAACACCAUGGGCGAUCUCACCGUCUACACCUGGAACACCACGGGUGACUACUGGUACGCUGCGUUUAACCUCUCGAGCAACUUCAGCUGCUUCCUCCCUCAAGCUCAAGAGUGUGGCCCAUACGGGAUCUGCAACAAAGGGGACGGGCAAUGCUGCCCUGGUUCUCUCAAUUACCAGGGUGGUGUUUGCGGUGCUAGGAGGCCUCUGCCGCUUGAUCCCAGAAGAUGUGAGCCCCAUGAGAUUGUGCGAAUGGAAGGAGUGGACUACUUCUCUACCAACUUUAGCACGGAACUGCCCGUGGUGGACGAAAGCGAGUGCCGUAGGAGAUGCGAGGUCAAUUGCUCGUGUAUGGCUGCGUUUUUCAAGGAGAAGUCGUGUUUCCAGACGCACGAGCCCAUCCAGUCCAUGAUAACAGGGGAAUACACGGGUCUUCUCAAGGUGGCAAAGACUAGCGUGGAAAAUUAUGGAAAUCAGACUCUGGUGUAUCGAGUGGCUUUGCCGGUGCUGCUGCCAGCAUUGGUGUUGCUUGUGGCGCUUCUGGCUUGGAUCUGCUGGAAGAAGUCUUUGGAGAAAGCUGGCGGGGAAUCAGACAAGGAGGAGGAAGAGUUGGAGAUGUCCUUGCGGGAUUGCAUGCCCAGGAGAUUCACUUACAAGGAGCUGGAGCAAAUCACUGGGGGUUUUAGCAAGUGUCUGGGACAAGGUGGAUACGGAAGUGUUUACCGAGGAAGCCUAGAAGACGGUAACCAGGUUGCCGUCAAGAAGCUCCAGGGCUCGAAUCAAACCAGCCGGGAUUUCUAUGCGGAAGUGGCGAGCCUUGCAAGGACGAAUCACUUGAACCUGGUGAAGUUCAUGGGAUUUUGUGCCGAGGGGCCAAGGAAACGCUUGCUCGUUUAUGAGUUCGUGCCAAAUGGCUCUCUGGAGAAAUGGAUCUUUGGCGAUGAUGGUGGCGAUGAUAGUUCUCCUCAACAACAGGAUGGAUCGGGUGGCUUGUCGUGGGACUUCAAGUUCCGGAUUGCCGUUGGCACAGCUCAAGGAUUGUGUUACUUGCACGAGGAGUGUGCGGAGAAAAUUAUUCACCUGGAUCUCAAGCCGGAGAACGUUCUCGUAGACAUCGGAUUCGUGCCAAAGAUUGCCGACUUUGGGCUGUCCAAACUCAUGAAUCGCGAGGUGACAUACCUGCAAAUGACGAGCAUGCGAGGAACUCCGGGCUAUCUUGCUCCGGAAUACUUGCAAGUCGGGACAAUCACUGAAAAGAGCGACGUUUACAGCUUUGGAGUGUUGCUGCUGGAGAUCAUCACCGGAUGCAGAAACAAGUACAUGUCAAGCGAUUACCUUAGAAGCUUUUCACUCGGUGGUUUUUCACGCCAGAAAAGUUUCACGAAGUCAAUCAGCAAAACACGGAAGAACUUAUACAACUGUGAUGGUGGACCUUCAGGAGGAGUUGCUGAUAAGUACCAAGAAGCUGGGAUGGAGAGAUUGAAAGCAGUAGCAUAUUUGUGCGUGCAAGAUGAUCCCGACCUCCGGCCCUCGAUGAGCACUGCUCUGAAAAUGAUGGAAGGACUAAUUGAGCUACCAGAGACGCCACCUCUGUCGAGCUUGCAUUUUUUCCUUGGCUAUCGAUCCAAGGUGAAGCUGCCAUCGAGUUCCACGUCCAAGAGCAUGUUUUCACUCAGCUCGGUGGAUGAAACUUCAACUUUGUGAUGAAUGAUAAUAUGCAAAUGAAUAUAUAAAUUUAU